GGAAAGUUUGUCCGGCCGCCUAGGCAGGGACUCCGGCCCCGGGGAUGCGCGCCCGGCCUCCAGCGCCCCCAACGCGCCUGAGAGUCCCGCUCGCCAUGGGCAACUCCCCACCUGUCCUGCCCCUGUGUGCCUCUGUGUCUUUGCUGGGUGGCCUGACUUUUGGUUAUGAACUGGCUGUCAUAUCGGGUGCCCUGUUGCCACUAAAGCUUGACUUUGGGCUAAGCUGCUUGGAGCAGGAGCUCCUAGUGGGCAGCCUGCUCCUGGGGGCCCUCCUUGCCUCCCUUGUAGGGGGCUUCAUCAUUGACCGCUACGGCAGGAAACAAGCCAUCCUUGGGAGCAACGUGGUGCUAUUGGCAGGCAGCCUGAGCCUGGGCCUGACUGGCUCCCUCGCCUGGCUGGUGCUGGGCCGCUCAGCGGCUGGCUUUGCCAUCUCUCUCUCCUCCAUGGCCUGCUGUAUCUAUGUGUCAGAGCUCGUGGGGCCACGGCAGCGGGGAGUGCUGGUGUCCCUCUACGAGGCAGGCAUCACUGUGGGCAUCCUGCUCUCCUACGUGAUCAACUAUGCACUGGCCAGCACCCCCUGGGGAUGGAGGCACAUGUUUGGCUGGGCAGCUGCACCCGCCCUCCUGCAGUCCCUCAGCCUUCUCUUCCUCCCUGCGGGGGCCACUGAAACUACAGCCCAUAAGGAUCUCAUACCACUCCAGGGAGGUGAGGCCGCCAAGCUGGGCAGGCCAAAGUACUCCUUUCUGGACCUCUUCAGGGCUCGGGACAACAUGCAAAGCCGGACUGUGGUGGGGCUGGGGCUGGUGCUUUUCCAGCAGCUAACGGGGCAGCCCAACGUGCUGUCCUAUGCCUCCACCAUCUUCCACUCGGUGGGCUUCCAGGGGGGAUCCUCAGCAGUACUGGCCUCGGUGGGGCUCGGUAUGGUGAAGGUAGUGUCGACACUGACCGCCAUUGGGUUGGUGGACCGGGCAGGCCGCAGGGUUCUGUUGCUAGCUGGCUGUGCCCUCAUGGCCCUGUCGGUCAGUGGCAUAGGCCUUGUCUGCUUUGCCAUGCCCAUGGACUUGGGCCCAAGUUGCUUGGCCAUGCCCAACGCCACCAGACUGCCUGGCCUCCCAGGAGACUCCAGCCUGCCGAUGGCUUCCUCUCCACUUCCACUGCCAAGAACCCAAGAGAACCAAAGGGAACCCGUCUUGGCAACCUCUAAGAAAACCAAGUCCCAUCCUAGAGCUGAAGACCCCACGGCCGCUCCCCUGCUGACCCUGAGCGCCGCCUCCCCCGUACCCCCUUCUCCUGCCCCAGGGCACACACUGCUGCACUGGAUCACACUGGUCUGCUUGAUGGUCUUUGUGAGUGCCUUCUCCUUUGGAUUUGGACCAAUGACCUGGCUGGUUCUCAGUGAGAUCUACCCCACGGAGAUCCGAGGGAGAGCCUUUGCCUUCUGCACCAGCUUCAACUGGGCCAUCAACUUCUUCAUCAGCCUGUUCUUCCUCGAUCUCAUCAGUGCCAUUGGCUUGUCCUUGACCUUCCUGCUCUACGGGUUGACCGCUGUCCUUGGCCUGGGCUUCAUCUAUUUAUUUGUACCUGAAACAAAAGGCCAGUCAUUGGCAGAGAUAGACCAGCAGUUCCAGAAGACACGGUUCACCCUGGGCUUUGGCAGCAGGCAGAGCACAGCUGGCAUCCGGUACAGCCCCAUCGAAGUCUCCACGACCUCCUGA